AUGGAUCUAUUGUAUGGCCCGACAUACCACUAUAUUUCACCGUUGGCCAGAUCAAGAUCAGAGAUCCGUGGAGCGAAAUCAGUAAGAAGGUCAAAUUCCUUUGCUUAUGGAUCCGGAGCAUCAUCCUACGGGAGUGGUGCUUUUACAAUGCCACAGUAUGGCUAUGGUGGUGGAUAUAUGUCACGAUCACUCUCACGAAGUUCUUCAUCGUUAUUUGGACGCUCGUUGUAUAGUUCGGUGCUAACUCGAACCCCGCCUCUUCACAAUGUAGGCGUUCAACGUAGUACGCCUCAUUACACAGAUAAGUAUCCUUAUGUAAGAUACUCGUAUGGAAGCAGCGAUACUGGCCUUGGUAUCAUGGAGCAAACGGAAUCAAUCGGAAGCAGAAACUACGGCGUGCGCGACCUCGGAACAAAACGCUGGUUAGAAGGUCGAUUAAAUUCCUAUAAUUCUGGGCUCUUUACAACACCCAACCACAGUACACGCAUAGAACGACCAGUCACACCAGUUCGAAAUUAUGUACGGUAUAUGCCCAUAGAAGAUGCGGUGAACAUGUAUAAGAAGCGAUGUAUGACUGUUGGUACCCUAUCCAAGUAUUGGUUAUCACCAACAUGGAAUUCACGCCGAGAUUACGACUCACACGCUGCGACAGCUCCAGCUAGAAGUGGUGGCUACACAUCGUUAUCUCGCAACUUUAACAACCCAACCUACUCUCGUGUUGCAAGUCGCCUUUAUACUAAUUACUAA